AUGUUGCCUCUACACAGCGGUGAUAAAUAUCGCCCGACUUCGAAAAUAAAAGAGAAAGUCCUUGGUAUGAUAAGGUUAAUAUUUUCAGAAAAAACAUCUCGUCGCUUGUUGGGAUUCCUCAUUUUAAAUCUUUCGUUUGCCUUUGUGGAACUGCUGUACGGAAUAUGGACAAACAGUCUAGGUCUCAUCUCGGAUUCUUUCCACAUGUUUUUUGACUGCACUGCCUUGCUGGCCGGCCUGGUUGCGUCUGUGAUUUCUAGAUGGCGUGCGACUGAAACAUUCUCUUACGGGUAUGUCCGUGCUGAAAUCUUGGCAGGUUUUGUAAAUGGCCUGUUCCUGCUGUUCAUUGCAUUCUUCAUCUUUUCUGAAGCUGUUGAGCGAGCUGUAGAACCACCAGAAGUGAAACACGAGAGGCUGUUUGUGGUUUCGGUUCUAGGGUUUCUCGUCAACCUUGUGGGAAUCUUUGCUUUCCAGCAUGGACACUCACACGGAGGCUUAGAGGAUGAGAAACAUGGACAUAGCCAUGAGGAUCAUGGACACAGCCAUCAGGAUCACGGACACAGUCACGGAGAUCACGGACACAGUCAUGACGAUCACGGACACAGUCAUGACGAUCACGGACAUGGACAUGCCCAUGGGGGACAUAAAGAGAAGCCAGCUUCUAACACUGCCAAAAUUGCCCAGGCACAAAUCAUGCAGGGUGUUUUUCUCCACAUUCUAGCCGACACCCUAGGUAGUGUUGGGGUGAUCAUCUCUUCAAUUCUCAUUUAUCAGUUUGGCUGGAUGAUUGCUGAUCCUGUAUGCUCAAUGUUUAUAGCCACCCUCAUUGCUAUUAGUGUGUUGCCAUUGUUACGUGAUUCAAUUGGAGUCCUCAUGCAGCGGACACCAAGAGCAUUAGAUCACCAACUGCCAGGAUGUUAUCAGAGGGUUAGUCAGCUGGAAGGAGUCUACAGUGUGCAAGAGCCACAUUUCUGGACUUUGUGUACAGAUGUGUAUGUAGGGACCAUCAAGCUGGAGGUGGCGGCAAAUGCUGACAGUCGCUACAUUCUCAGUCAGACACACAAUAUAUUUACUCAGAUUGGAGUCCGACAAUUAUAUGUACAGAUAGACCAUGCCCCUAUGUAG